GCGUAAAGGGUCCAACGAUGGAUUUUAUUGCUGGCACACUGUGAGGCACAAAAACGUUGGAAAUGUCCGACUUCCACAACCAGAGCCGAAUGAGCGCGCGUCGCAGUGACUACGUGUGGCAGUAUGAGUAUUACGACGACGAGGAGCCCGUGUCUUUCGAGGGACUUAAAGCGCACAGAUACUCCAUCGUGAUCGGAUUCUGGGUCGGACUGGCCGUGUUCGUCAUUUUUAUGUUCUUUGUCCUCACGCUGCUCACAAAAACAGGAGCUCCGCACCAAGAAAACCUAGAAGCCGCUGAGAAGUCCAAUCAACCAGACAGCUGUCUGAUGGACACCGGCAGCCACCAGGAUGAAAACGACAAAGCUUUCACACGUCCCUUAUUAGCAGAAUCCCACUCUUAUUUCCACUUCUACAUCAGCGAGGAGCAACAGGGUCUUAAGAAACUCAAACCCAAAGACCAGAAAGACGGUGGUGCCCAAGCCAAGGUGGCACAUGACAGACCCCUGGGCAUCGGCUUCCAGGGGAUGGACAAGAUGGAAGAUGAAAGUGGGAGACACCAGCUUCUCACUGAAUCAGCAGCAGAGAGUAGAACCAACACAGAGAGUGUCUUCUUGUCACACUUCAACAUCCCCAACUUUGUGAACUUGGAGCACAAUUCAGUCCUGGGAGAAGACGAUCUGCUAUAUGUACCGUCUGCCAUACUUCAGUAACAGUCUCGCUGUAAGGGGCUCGUCGUGAUGUCCACUGAAGGCCACGAUCAC